CACAGUGGUAUAAAGGAGUUUGAAUGUGAGGAAUGUGGGAAAUGUUUCUCACAGAAGAGUGAUCUCAAGAGACACAUUCGUGGACACAGUGGUAUAAAGGCGUUUGAAUGUAAGGAAUGUGGAAAACAUUUUGCAGAAAAGGGCACUCUCAACAGACACAUUCUUGUACACAGUGGAAUAAAGAAGUUUGAAUGUGAGGAAUGUGGGAAAUGUUUCUCACAGAAGAUUGAUCUCAAGAGACACAUUCUUGGACACAGUGGUAUAAAGGAGUUUGAAUGUAAGGAAUGUGGAAAUGUUUCUCCCUGAAGGGUACUCUCAAACGUCAUAAACUUGUGCAUGAAAAAAACAAAAUUCAUUAAAUGUUUGAAUGACUUUAACAGAAGGUAAAUGUGACACAUAAACUUGAAUACAGUGAUAUACAUCAAUAUAAAACCACUUGAACAAACUCUAUGAAUGUAGCAGAAAUAAAGACAAGUGACAAAUGCCAUUUUUAUAGAUAUUAAACACAAGUUAUAAUUAUCUGCUCUUAAGAUGUAAAUUCCUUUACCAUGACAUGAAAGAAUAUGUUAGAAAAAUAAACUUGUGUUAGUUGAGGGGUAUCCUAUGAGUCUAGUAGAACUUGUACAAUAAUUUUGUUAACAUGUAAUGGUCACAUGUAGACCCAGCCAUGUUGAUUUGGCUUGGUCAAGACAGGUGAUGUUGUUGACCUAGUCAUGUCCUGUUGUCACUUGUGUAUUGUACUAACAUGUACUGUACAUUACCAACUGUGAUGUACUAACAUGUACUGUACAUUACCAACUGUGAUGUACUAACAUGUACUGUACAUUACCAA